AUGAUCAUGGCUGCUCUCUUCGUGCUCGGGUGCUUCCUGCUGCAGACCGUCCCGGCAGCACGGGCUCACGACGAGGCGCUCGCGUGGACGCCGGCCUCCCCCUUCCGCGACGAGCUCCGCGCCCUCGGCGUCGGAGCGCUCAUCCGCGACGACGCCGAGGCCACCGCGCUCGCGUCCACUGACUUCGGCAACGUGACGGUCGCGCCGGCGGCGGCCGUGCUCUAUCCAUCGUGCCCCGCCGACAUCGCCGCGCUGCUGCGCGCCUCGUGCGCGCGCUCGUCCCCGUUCCCGGUGUCCGCCCGGGGACGCGGCCACUCCGUCCGUGGCCAGGCGGCCGCGCUCGACGGCGUUGUCGUCGACAUGCCGUCGCUCGGACGCCUCGGCGGAGGCUCCAGCUCCACUGCGUCCCGCCUCUCCGUGUCGGUCGAAGGCCAGUACAUAGACGCCGGCGGCGAACAGCUGUGGGUGGACGUGCUGCGCGCCGCCCUGGCGCACGGCCUGACGCCGCGUUCGUGGACCGACUACCUCCACCUCACCGUCGGCGGGACGCUCUCCAACGCCGGCAUCAGCGGCCAGGCCUUCCGCUACGGCCCCCAGAUUUCUAACGUCCAAGAACUGGACGUCAUCACCGGGCUCGGAGAGAUGGUGACGUGUUCGAAGAAGAAGGACGCCGACCUGUUCGACGCCGUGCUGGGCGGGCUGGGGCAGUUCGGCGUCAUAACGCGGGCGCGCAUACCGCUGGUGCCAGCGCCGACGAGGGCGCGCUGGGUGCGGCUCCUCUACACGGGCGCCGCCGCACUCACCGGCGACCAGGAGCGGCUCAUAGACGUCGAGCGUGGCGACGCGCUGUCCGGGCUCAUGGACUACGUCGAGGGCACGGUCGUCGCGGACGAGGGCCUGAUCGGGAGCUGGCGCUCGCAGUCGCCGUCAUCGUCGUCUUCGUCCUUCUUCUCGGGCCCCGAUGCCGCGGCACGAUUCGCCAAGCUCGCCGAGGAGGCAGGUGGCGUCCUCUACUGUCUUGAGGGAGCGCUGUACUACGGCGGCGCAGCCGGCGGCGAGCGCGACGUCGAUAAGAGGCUGGAGACGCUGCUGCGCGAGCUGCGGUACGCGCGGGGCUUCGCGUCCGUGCAGGACGUGUCGUACGUGGAGUUCCUGGACCGCGUGCACGGCGGCGAGCUCAAGCUCCGUGCCGCCGGUCAGUGGGACGUGCCGCACCCCUGGCUCAACCUCUUCCUCCCGCGCUCCCGCGUCCUCGACUUCGCCGCCGGCGUCUUCCACGGCAUCCUCCGCCGCGGUACCACCGGCGCCAUGGGGCCCGUCCUCGUCUACCCCAUGAACCGGAACAGGUGGGACAGCGGCAUGUCGGCGGUGUUCCCAGAGGAGGAGGAGGUGUUCUACACAGUUGGGAUCCUCCGGUUGGCCGUGUCCGAGGGCGACCUCGGGCGGCUGGAGGAGCAGAACGACGAGAUCUUACGGUUCUGCGAGGAGGCCGGGAUAGCGUGCGUGCAGUACCUGUCGUACUACGCCGACCAGGCCGGGUGGGAGAAGAAGCACUUUGGUCCAGCCAAGUGGGCCAGGUUCGUGGAGCGGAAGAGGGAGUAUGACCCCAAGGCGAUCCUGUCCCGUGGUCAGAGAAUUUUCACCUCCCCGCUGGCUUGA